UCUCUCUCUCCUUCUCGGUCUCUCUCUCUGUCUCUCAUCCUCUGCUCACUCUCUGGUGCUCUCUCCGGCUCAGCGGACGGACGGAUAAGACCUUUCUACUCUUUCUCUCUCCGUCCUGUCGGUUUGUUCAUUUUCUCUUCAUCUUCUUCAUUUCAAACAUAGCCUCCCCCGCCCCUCCCCCCCCCCCAGGGGCAGUAGUGGGGGUCUCAGCUUGUGGAGUGUGUGAGUGAGUGUUGUUGGGGGGUUUCGGCAUGGAAGCGGUGGCACUGUACACGUUCCGUGCCACGGAGGGAGAUGAACUCAGCUUCAACAAGGGGGACUUGCUCAAGAUCACCAACAUGGAGGACGAUCCUAACUGGGACACAGCUGAGCUCCACAACAGAAAAGCUUUCGUGCCAAAAAAUUACAUCAACCUGCGACCACAUGCCUGGUUCGCCGGCCGGAUAUCUCGCGGCGUGGCGGAGAGUCGCCUCCGGCACCGGGAGUGCGGCGCCUUCCUGGUCCGAGAGAGCGAGAGCGCCCCCGGAGAGUUCUCCAUGUCCGUCAGCUACGGGGACCACGUUCAGCACUUCAAGGUGCUGCAGGAUCGCUGCAGUCAGUACUACGUGUGGGAGGAGGUCUUCUUCUCCCUCAACGAGCUGGUGGAGUUCUACCAUAGCAACAGCAUCGCUAAGGAGAGGACCGUCUUCCUGAGAGACCCUGAGCACUUCGCCCGGCGUCCCCAUCAUGCCCACGCUCUCUUCGACUUCGCCCCCCACCACCCGUCCCAGCUCCGCUUCCAGCGCGGUGAUGUCAUCGAACUGAUGGACUGCUCCGAUUCGCUGCGCUGGAGGGGCCGUUGCCACGGACAAGUGGGCUACUUCCCCCCCGAUUACGUCCAGCCCAUCCACCACUGCCAAUGACCUGCGGCCUCACUCAGACCCCUCCCCCCCACCCGACCCCGCCCCCCACGCCGCUCCCCCGCGUGCACUCGCCCUUUCACGCCUGGAGAACCAACGAGCCGCGGCUGAGCUGCUCGUCACGUAACUGACUCCUCCCACUGUCCCUCCCGACGCCACCUGUCAAUCACAAUCACAAGGCCCGUCCAUCGCUCCCGCAGCUCCACGCUCUCUUUAAUCGUGUAGAAAACUAAAAGGAGACGGACCUACACGGUGUGGAGAACUCAGGCCUGCGCACGCGUCCCGCCAGGCGCACACACACACACACACACACAAACACACACACACCUGGAGGUGUGUGUGGCCCACAGGAGGGCCGUGAAGGACGUUGACACGAACAGACCCGGUGACACAGAGCGCCGUCGGGAUGUGAAUAUUCAGGGGGGCGAGGGCGCCGACACAGCAGAUUCCUCGCUCCCUGGACGCGCGUCUGUGUGUGUGUCUGUGUGUGUGUGUGUGUGUGUGUGUGUGUGUGUGUGUGUGUGUGUGUGUGUGUGUGCAGCCUCGGGCUGUGCGGACCAGCAGCCGGAGAUCUGUGUGUUAAAGUGACCAGUAAGAUGAACUUUGUUUUCAAAUACCGAAGAUGUGAUAUCCUCCACUAAACCUACAUGUCAUGUCUCUGUUUGUUCGUCUCCGUGUAUUUAUUCUUGUUCGUGUGCAGAAAACAUAUAUUACAAGUAAGAGGAGCUUUCGCUCCCGUUGCAACAAAUCGUCUUAGAACGCCGCAUUUGAUUUACGAGCUUGGACCAGUCUUCCUGAACAUGUAAUGACGAAUCAUUCAAAUAAAGUGAGACGUUGACCUCUUUGACAGAA